GUAUAAAGGCACACGGCCACUAAAGGCACACAGCCAGCAACUGCUCCAGCCGUCCACUUCUGAGCCAGUUACCCUCCAGAGCAACAUGAUGCUCAAGUCUGUCACAGAAAGCUUUGCCAGCAUGAUUCACGGCUUGAAAGUGAACCACCUGACAGAUGGUAUCAUUCAGAGGAGCAAGAGGAUGAUCCUGGAUUCUCUGGGCGUUGGUUUCCUGGGAACAGGCACAGAAGUAUUCCAAAAAGUCACCCAAUAUAGUAAAAUCUACAGUUCCAACACCUCCAGCACUGUUUGGGGCCGUCCAGACUUCAGGCUCCCACCGACAUAUGCUGCUUUUGUUAACGGUGUCGCUGUUCACUCCAUGGAUUUUGAUGACACAUGGCACCCUGCCACCCACCCUUCUGGAGCUGUCCUACCUGUCCUCGCAGCUUUAUCAGAAGCCCUGCCUCAGACUCCAAAGUUUUCUGGCCUUGACCUGCUGCUGGCGUUCAAUGUUGGUGUUGAAGUACAGGGACGAUUAAUGCACUUCUCCAAAGAAGCCAAGGACAUACCAAAGAGGUUCCAUCCUCCCUCUGUGGUGGGGACUCUAGGAAGUGCUGCUGCUGCAUCCAAGUUUCUGGGGCUCAACUUGACAAAGUGCCGCGAGGCCUUGGCUAUUGCUGUGUCCCACGCCGGGGCACCCAUAGCCAAUGCUGCCACUCAGACCAAGCCCCUACAUAUUGGCAAUGCAGCCAAGCAUGGGAUGGAAGCCACGUUUCUGGCAAUGCUGGGCCUCCAAGGAAACAAACAGAUCUUGGACCUGGGGUCAGGGUUUGGUGCCUUCUAUGCCAACUACUCCCCCAAAGACCUUCCAAGCCUGGAUUCUCACAUCUGGCUGCUGGAUCAGCAGGAUGUGGCCUUUAAGAGCUUCCCGGCACAUUUGGCUACCCACUGGGUGGCAGAUGCGGCUGCAGCUGUGAGAAAGCACCUCAUGACUUCAGAAAGAGCCCUGCUCCCUGUUGACCACAUUGAGACAAUCGUGCUCAGGAUCCCUGAUGUCCAGUACGUAAAUAGGCCCUACCCGGACUCAGAGCAUGAAGCUCGUCAUUCUUUCCAAUACGUGGCCUGUGCCAUGCUGCUGGACGGUAGCGUCACUGUCCCAUCCUUCUACAGCCAGCAGGUCAAUAGGCCUCAGGUGAGAGAAUUGCUCAAGAAGGUGAAGCUGGAACACCCUCCUGACAACCUGCCCAGCUUCGACACGCUCUACUGUGAAAUAAGCAUCACUCUGAAGGACGGAACCACUUUCACCGAGCGCUCUGACACCUUCUAUGGUCACUGGAGGAAACCACUGAGCCGGGAGGAUCUGCACGAAAAGUUCCGAGCCAAUGCCUCAAAGGUGCUGUGCGGGGACACGGUGGAAAGCCUUAUAACGGUAGUAGAAAAGCUAGAAGACCUAGAAGACUGUGCCGUGCUAACCAGACUUCUGAAAGGAGCCUCUGUCCAAGAUGAGGCUUCAAAACGAUCCAGCAUGUUCUCAUUCCAUCACACAACUUUGCCCAGGCUUACCAAUGUCUAAACAACGUUGCACUGGAAAAGAUACAAUGAUUUAGCUUCCUGCUCCAUCGGCCCAGCAAUGAGCCCAGCAAGGUACAGAGUCCAGAAACAGAGGCAAGUGUAUUUGGAAGGAGUCUUGUCUAUAAUUUGGUAGAACCAGUCCUACUACCUUCAUGAUACCAAAGAAACAAACAACACAAGAUCUGAUCUGUAUUCACAGGGGUGAAGUCUAAGACACCUGCUGUCUGCUUGUAAUCUUAUCUGAGGAAUUAUGUAUUAACUCUGGGAACUUCACAAGUAUAGAGCAAGUGGAAUGUGCAUGCAGCUGGCUGCAGAUGAAGCAAGCUUGGUCUGCCCACCAUUUAUCCAGAGAGGGUGGGUACUGCCCAGCCCUCCUCUCUGCAAUGGCUGGAUUGAGGGAGUGGCCACGCAUAGCCCUGAGCAUGUAGCCAAGAAUCCCUCUGCUUCAGCUUCUCUACUGUAAUUAGGACAGUUUGAGCUGGGGUGGGGAAGUAGUGUGGCUUAAGACCCAUGGUUUCACUCUUUAUAUUAGAUAUAAAUAUAUAUCUCAAAAAAUUAUUAGCUCAAAAAAUUAUUUUGAGAAAGUUUAGCAGUUGAAGAUACAAUAAAAAUGAAAAGGGGAAAUUGUAAACGUGUGAGUAAUGAAAAUAUUAACUAUAAACUAUGUUGAAUAUCCUCUGGAUUCUGAAGAAAACAGGCUCUUAGUUCCAGAUGUUGACUUGUAAGCAUUCUCAGGGAAAUAUUGUGAGUAACCAUUUGAGAACACCUGCAGAAUGCAUCAGUUCUCAGAUCAUAAGAGUUGAAAAUAUAAUUAGAAAAAUGAUAAUCCAAUGGAAGAAAGAAAAAAAGGCAGAAUGAUAAAGAAAAAAUGAUGUUUGGAAAUAUGAUGUUUGGAAAUGUAUAGAUUUGGAAAUCUAUAAACUGAUAGAAUCUUGAGUAUGUCUACAAUUCCAAAAAGCAAAAACAGAAGCCAAACAA